AUGGUGUUCUGUGCAUACUGUGGCAAGAGCUUUACAAGGAAAGAGCACCUGGAGAGGCAUAUUCCAAGUCACACGAACGUAAAACCACACAGAUGCAGCGCGUGCCAGCUGUCCUUUGCAAGAAGGGAUCUUUUGCAACGUCACCAUUCGACAUACCAUGAGGCACGAGACCCAAUGGAGCCUUCGCCUGGUGGCGUCCCAACCAUCGCUGGCAAGACUCCCAUCGCUUGCCUUAACUGCGCCCAAGCCAAGACGGGUUGUGAUAAGAGAGUGCCCUGCUCACGAUGUGCGGAAAAGAACCUCGACUGCGCGGCACGCUUUGCGAGACGAUCUUCAAAGGCUGCUCUGAGAGCUGCUCAAGCCGCAGCCGCUACAAAAGUUGAUCAACCAGCAGUCUCGUCAUCCGUCCCGACCUCCACGGCCCUUGGCGUCAAUGUGCCUAGUCCAACUCAUCCCACAGAGGUCGACCAUGAGUCACAUCCUUCUGGUUCGGCGACUAUCGACCCAGCAUGCAUGGGGAUGAAUCAUACCCACCAAAGACACGGACCUCAGAACAAGAUUGUUGGCACGGAAACAGACAAUGCCAUCAUGAUCGACCCACUGCUACAGUCGCACGGGAGAACAUCGUCACAGAGCUCCCCAGACGUGUCACAUCUGAGCUCUGAGGCGGUCUCGCCAGCUCAAUUGCAUGCACACAUCCCAGAUGAGGUUAUAAGCUCGGAGGGUGAUUUCAUGCUCCAGGAUGGGAAUUUCCAGGACAUGCUGUUGUGGCAAGACAUACAUAUGGACUUUGACAUGUAUGGUGGUAACCCCCAGUUUGGUCGGCAAGACAUGUCCGUCUCAGCCAUACCCGAACUCAAUGACAUAGCCUCGUGCUCAAGUUCCGAGAAGAUGAUAUCUUCACGCGGAUCGGUUUCGACACAUACGCGAAGCACAAGCAUCGCAUCCCAUCGUGAUGCCGACACUGGCGGACUCACGAAGGAGCCAUUAUUUGAUCUCGUCAACGAAGAGUCAAUACCAGAAUUCGAAGCUGUGAUAGCAGCUGAAGCGGGGUGGUCCUUGGCCAGGUGUAAUACGCCCAUCUACUCAAGCACCUGUCCGCGUACUGGUAUUGUCCAUUUGGAGUGUCUCGAGCAGAAAUCGAAGCAGGAGGGCACCUGGGAUGCUCUAGAUCAAUAUCUCAACAGCACCAAACGCAGCACCACCGAUCAUGCCCCCGUCAUUCCCAUGUCUUCCAGGUCACGAGAUCGCAUGCUUGCGAUCACGCAGACUUUCCUACACAAAGCCCUUGAGAUCCACCGAGGCGGCCUUCACAGGCAACACAACACCCAAUAUUCCAAUGCGAGCCAGCCCACCUUCCUGGUUUUGCCCCCCUCCAACGUCGUAGAGUAUUUUCUGCGAAGCUACGUUGGGAGCACCUCGUUCUUCUACUCUCUGGUAUCGACAGGUUGUGUUGAUCCGAACGAUCUUCUGUCUCAUAGCACAGCCUCGAUACUCUUGCUCCUGUUGAUGAUCGCUCAGGGAGCAUCAACCGUGCCUACCGCCGAAGCUCGAGCCUUAUCGGCUGGGCUGAUCGAGACUUGCCGGAUAUCUCUCUUUGAUAUCAUUGAAAAAGAUAUUGAGAUGUCUGCAGACCUGACAGCUCUCCAGUGCGCUGCCCUGUUCACCAUGGCGGGUGCCUGGAGCGGGGACAAAUGGCUAAUGGAUAUUGCUAUGGGACAGCGAGGAAUGUAUUUGUCGAUGCUGAAGCAUGCUGGCAUGUUCGAUGCGCAACCUUCGAUGAUCCCAGCUUUGAACCAACCCCCAACCAACGUCGAGCUGCAAUGGCGAUCUUGGCUGCAGCGAGAAACUCAGAACAGGCAAAAACGCCCGCACAGACUCACCUAUAACUGGGUCAUGAUUGACCAAGAACUGAGCCUUUUCCACGACAUAGCACCGAUGCUGUCUGUCAGCGAUCUGCUAGCUCCUUUGCCUGGGCCGGAGCUUCUGUGGAUGUCGGCAAAUGCGGACCAGUGGUUUGCAGCAAUGCAGUCAAUGUACGGCUGCACUGCGAACGUGAACCCGCAGCUACUUACUUCACAGUCACUGUCCCCGUCGCUUUUUGACCUCUUUCAAGAUUUUCUCCACGACUCUAUGAAGAGCCGGCCCACCCGGACCACUCCCCAGCAACUGCGCCUUUUACUGCACCCUUUGCAGUCCCUGCUUUGCCACCUUCGACAAAUGUUGUCCUGCUUCUCGGACGUACUUGGCACAAGGCACAUCAGCACUCGAACUGUCACAAAGGCCUCAACACAGCUCCGGCUUGAAGAGGUGCAAGCGCUGUUGCAGAGGUGGUAUGAGCUAAGCAUUGAGCACCAGAAUGCCGAUCAAAACUGCUGCGUGACGAAGACAAACCUAGUCCUAUAUCACUUGAUCUCACUCAACGCGGUGACAAAUUUUCCCGAGGUCGAGCGUCUUGCUCGCCGGGACUGCUUUGACGGCUCCUACUGGGAGCUCAGUCUGCGCCACAAGCGAUGCAUUUUCCAGCGCGAAGAGGCAAUUUUCCACUGUGGUCAAGUGCUCCGCCUCUUGCGUGCUCUGCCAAGCGAGAAGAGGCCAAGCUGGUGGUCAGUAGCCCUGUAUCGUGCGACACUCAUUCUGUGGGCCGACAGCAUUUCACGACUGGAUCCAAGUUUCCAAGUACAACAGAAAGGAACUGCCGCGCAGGAACAUGCUGCCAGAGGUGAAGAUUCGAGAGAAAGUCAUCCCGAUUACAACCCGGUCGCAGUCGCAGUCGAUCAAGUCACGCCCGAGGAUCCCCUCGUUGCCGCAUACCUGUGGAAUGGCAGUGGUUUCCCUGUGCUCACAAACCCAGAUGGCGGCGUUCUCAGUAUCGAGAACCCCGGUAACAUCCUUGGGUAUGCUAUUCGCACGGUACAGACAUCGCCAGCUUCGCGACUCGGCGAUGGGAUUCGGCGUAAGCUUCUUACUCUGGGAAGGAACUGGCAAACGGACGGGUUGACGGAUGGUCACAACAUGCCCACAACGACGAUCGGGAGCAAACCCACAGUGGUCUUGCCCCCAUCGCAAGCCCCAAUGAUGUUUCCCUUCCAUUACCCACAGACAGGACAUGCUCACGGGGUGGCGACUGCUCAUACUGGCCAGGAUGGGAUCCUCUGA